AUGGGCUCCAAGGCCAAGAAGCGCGUGGUGCUGCCCACCCGCCCGGCGCCCCCCACGGUAGAGCAGAUCCUGGAGGACGUGCGGGGGGCGCCCGCCGAGGACCCCGUCUUCACCGCACUGGCUCGGGAAGAACCCCCGGGCCUCUAUGGGAGGGCCGAGGACGCCGAGGCCCAACAAGAGCAACUCUACCUCCAGAGCCGGAUCUAUGUGGCCCUGAACCAGCGGCUGCAGCAGGCGGGUGCCCAGUUGGAGCAGAAGCGUGCAGACCUGCAGCAGGCGGGCAAGGAGCUGGAGCGGGACAUCAGCCAGGUGGGCCAAGUGGCUCUGCCCAGCACAGCAGCCGCCUCCUUGGGAUAA